AUGAAUAGGACUGUCUUUUUGGCAUUUCUGUUUGGAUGGUAUUUCUGUUCAAUAGCUCUCUCCGUAUACAAUAGAUGGAUGUUCGAUCCGAAGGAUGGAUUGGGUAUUGGGUAUCCCGUGUUGGUUACAGCAUUCCAUCAGGUCACUUUAUGGUUACUGUCCGGCAUAUACAUCAAACUUAGACAUAAACCAGUGAAAAACGUUCUAAGGAAGAAUAAUGCUUUUAACUGGAGUUUUUUCCUCAAAUUCUUACUUCCUACGGCAGUCGCUUCUGCAGGUGAUAUUGGGCUCAGUAACGUUUCCUUUCAAUAUGUUCCCUUGACAAUUUAUACGAUUAUCAAAUCUUCCAGUAUAGCUUUUGUCCUUUUGUUCGGUUGUAUCUUCAAGUUGGAGAAAUUCCAUUGGAAGUUGGCACUUUCAGUAAUAAUCAUGUUUGGUGGUGUGGCAUUGAUGGUUUUCAAACCAAGCGAUUCCACCAGUACCGAAAACGACCAGGCCUUGAUCAUUUUUGGCAGCUUCCUUGUCUUAGCUAGUAGUUGUCUUUCUGGAUUAAGGUGGGUUUAUACGCAGUUGAUGCUGAGAAGCAAUCCAAUUCAAACUAGUGUCUCCACAACAGUAGAGGAAUCUGAUGAUACCCUUUUCACGGAAAAUGAAGAUAAUGUUGGUUAUGAACCUGUUGUUAAUCUCGCCAAUAACAAAAUGUUAGAGAAUUUGGGAGAAUCCAAGCCUCAUCCAAUUCACACAAUCCACCAGUUAGCUCCUAUAAUGGGGGUUACUCUGUUGCUUACGUCGCUACUUGUGGAAAACCCAUUUCCUGGUAUAUUCAGCUCUAGCCUUUUUAGGCUUAAUGAGGGCAAGGCCGGUGUCGGUACAGAAACUACUGUCCUAUCUAUUGCGAAGGGUAUUUUCUUGUUAAUUUUACCUGGCUUUGCAGUCUUUUUGUUGACAAUUUGUGAAUUCAGUAUCCUGGAGCAAACGCCCGUGUUGACCGUAUCUAUUGCCGGUAUUGUAAAGGAACUUUUGACAGUUAUAUUUGGUAUAAUUAUCCUUUCUGAAAGAUUGAGUGGCUUUUACAAUUGGUUAGGUAUGCUCAUCAUUAUGGCCGAUGUCUGCUAUUAUAAUUAUUUCAGAUACAAGCAAGAUCUAAUACAGAGGUACCAGUCAAUUUCGACACAAGAUAAUGGGAACGAGUUAAAGAAAUUCCAAGACUUUGAACAAUUAGGGGGCAAAAAAAGCGCACCAUACUCUAUUAAUGUUGACUUAACAAAUCAAGAGUAUGAGCUUGAUAUGAUUGCUCAAAACGCUAGUCGUUCAUCCCAGCAGGUCUGA